CAAAUGUUUUUCUUUGUGGGUGAAUGAAGAACAAGUUAGAACAACCACAUGGGUUGAAGUUAGGGUUUUUACUGGGGGGUUUUAAACUGUGAACAUGGACAACUAAAGAGGAGGUAGAAAGUGUUUGCGUCUUGGUUCUCGUGUUCCAUGUGGAAACCUCAUAGAGGAUGAUGGUAUCUGCCCAUUAUCUGGCACACCGCGGAUUAUUUUUGACAGUGCUCCUUUCCACUUUCCGCUCGUUCUCACCAACACCUAUAGGUUUUUGGUAUCUACAUAUAAGUCUGCAUAUGAACUACUGGCAUCCUUAUCGUUGACGUUCUAUUUGUUUUAGUGGGAGUCUGUUCGCGUUUCCAGACUGCAGUCUAUUUUAAAGAGCUAUAAUUUGCCUAAAUAACAAGAUGAAUUUUGAUCAGAUUCUUUCGGCGGUGGGAGGUUUUGAAAAGUACCAAAAAAUUCUGUAUGUGUGGAUAUGCCUGCCCCAGAUCCUGCUUGCGUUUCACAUGAUGGUGAGCAUCUUUACUGGGGCUACACCGCCCCACAGAUGCCGGGGGACCUCGAGUUCAGUUCCAGGCAAUCUUUCAUCCGUAGCCGUUAACAACCUGAACCUCAGCAUCCCGGACCCGCUCGCAGAAUCAUCCUGCUUUGCCAUGGGCUAUCUUGGGAAUCGGAAUACGGCUGCCCCAUGCGAGCAUGGAUGGGUGUACAGCAAAGAUGUUUUCGAGAGUACAACAGUCACGGAGUGGGACUUGGUGUGUGACCAGGCAGGCUUGAACAGUCUGGGCUCCUCUAUCUACAUGUUUGGCCUGCUGGUGGGGGCUGUGCUGUUCGGCGCCAUGGCUGACAGGUACGGUCGGCGUUUCUCCCUGCUCCUGUCCCUGGCCCUACAGACUGUGUUCGGCGUGGCCGUCGCCUUCGCUCCCAACUUCCCCGUCUACGUGGUGCUGCGCUUCAUCGUGGGCACCUCCAUAUCAGGAGUUAUUAUCAACGCCUUCGUACUGGGUACCGAAUGGACCUGCACUAAGAGACGCAUGCUGGCUGGUAUAAUCACUGACUAUGCCUUUGGGUUUGGUUACAUGCUAGUGGCAGGUAUAGCUUUCCUCAUUCGCGACUGGAGAAAGCUACAGCUGGCAAUAUCAGCACCUGGCUUUCUGCUGAUCUUCUAUAUAUGGGUACUACCUAACUCGGCCAGGUGGUUGCUAGCCAAUGACAGGCAAGAGGAGGCCAUUGCUCUCCUGCGCAAGGCAGCCUUAGUUAAUGGACGAGAAUUCCCUCCUACAGUACAGGUGGAAAGGUGUCAAAUGGCAGCUCGAGGGAGGCAGAGUUUUUCUGCAGCAGAUCUUGUACGAACACCCCAGAUGAGGAAGAGAGCUCUCAUCUUGUUUUAUGUUUGGUUUGUGAAUGUGUUGGUGUACUACGGACUGUCUCUGGGCGUGUCAAGGCUAGGGACGGAUCUCUAUCUCACCCAGUUUGUGUUUGGAGUGAUCGAAAUCCCAGCCCGGUCAUUGGUCCUCCUCUUCCUACCCUUUAGCCGCCGCCUUUCCCAGAGUGCAUUUCUGGCCCUGGGCGGAGCGGCUUGUUUACUAACACUCCUGGUUCCAGAAGAGCACUCUAACCUGAGGACUGCCCUGGCGAUGGUGGGGAAGUUUGGGAUCACCGCCUCUUUCGCCGUCAUCUACGUUUACUCUGCCGAGCUGUUCCCCACGGUGCUCAGGCAGACAGGGAUAGGCGUGUCCAGUAUGUUUGCCAGGAUGGGUGGUGUGUUGGCCCCGAUCAUCAACAUGCUACACACCCGGAGCCCCUCUACCCCCAUGCUCAUCUUUGGUACUGCCCCGCUCCUGGGCGCUGUCCUAGCCUUGGCACUGCCCGAGACCGCCAACAGACCCCUGCCCGACACGGUGGAGGACGCUGAGACCUGGGACACCAGGACUCCCCCUAAGGAGAGCCCAGGAGAUUGUGGGGAUCUGGGCCAAUCCACAGGCAGCACUGAGGGGCAGGAACUGGAGCACCUAGCAACAAACUCCUGAUCAUUAAACCCUGUCACCCAUGUACACGCACUCUACUCCAUUCCUUAUAUGUGCUAUGCAACAACAAACAAUACAAAGGUCCUAAUGUGCACAAUGCAAUGCAAGCUGAAGAACAACAAACACACAUUUUCAUAUGUCCAUAAAUACACAAAGAAAUCAGUGUGUCACUGCCAAAGUUUGUCCAUCUGUGUUUUCCCACACAGAAAAAAACACGUAUUUGAAAUGGCUGAAAACCAUGACUUUCUUUCUGCCCGUCGUUAUUUUUGUGUUGUAAAUAUCUUAAACGCAGGCACUUCACACACACUCAGCCAACUUGGACAACUGCCAGCAAAGUACCAUUGAGGUGCUGAUUGAAGGACUAGCUGCUGAGAAAGCAUCCGAAUGGUUGAGUGAAUGGGUGUGAUCCUAUUGGUUAAGAGAUCACACCAAGCACCUUUUGAGAAUCACAAAGGACAAGAGGACAUUAUUUCUCAUUACAAAAACAGACUGAUGUUCCUAAUUUGAGAUGUUGUGUUUCAUUCACAGUUGGCCGUUUUCAAGUCCCUGGAUACACCCGAAUGGUGUAAACAUACAGCAUUUAUUUAAAAAAAUCAAUAACUGUCAUGACAUAAUCUUGUGUGCCAAUCCUGGACCUGUAGGGUCUGAUAACAAUGUAUCAGUGUUUAUAUUUUGGUAUAUCUAUGCUGUAGAUUUUUCUGACAAAACAGCUGCCUGUUUUUAAUCUUUUCUAGCUUUUAGCUCUUACAAGUGAACUUUUGAAGAGACUACGUGUACUGUUGUGAUUUCUACUGUGUCUGUGUCCUGUGAUGUAGCUCUAACGUAAGCAUUAGAGUGGCCUGUACUUUACAUAGCUCUACUGUAGCAUUACUUGGCAGGUUUUUGUAAGUAAGUUCUGACAUCGAUAGGCAUGGGUUAGGUUAAGAGUGUUUAGAGUGAAAAUCAAAAACUUUAUCAGAGCUUGGCUCACUUUUUAAACCCAUUUACCUCUCCUGGUUUGAAAAUACUGAUUGACAAGAUGCAUGAAAACUCACCACUUUCCACACCCAAUGAUUUUAUACAAAUAUAAGGCCUUUUGGGGUGAGUGUCCUGCACAGCUUUCUACAGGCUUGUUGGACUUAGUAAAUUAGCGUUCAUUUUGUAACAGGUUGAUUACUUGUGUUGAUGAGUUUGUUAUAAACAUUUGAUAAUGUGAUACUGAAGCAUAUUUGUACGUACUGAAAUGUCAUUGUUACUAGUGUGGUUGUAAAACAUUUUAACACUGU